AGUUUCUCUCACUGCUGAAGCAGAUCCUCGCAAACACACUCCCACGUCCAAACACACACACCGCACACCCGAAAAUCCCCCUCAUACGAGGAAAGAGGAGUGUCGCUGGGUGAGAUUCGCUUUUUUCGCUUCACAGAGUGGAACCGCGGACUGUUUUUGGAGUUUGGGGGCUGUUUUUGUCGCCUUUAAUCCUUUGAGGUAAUCUGGGACUCUUGAGGCGGGAAUGAGAGAGAUGCGCACGAGCGCUCACUGGACUUUCACUCUGUGAGGAGCAAACAGGUGAAGACAGCAGGAAAAAACAGUAGAGAUGAGUGGUGAGUUGAGACAGGGGGUGGUGACGACCCCUCCGCCCCCAAGCGUGGGGAAAAAGGAGGGCUACUUCGACCGCAUCAACGAAAACGACCCUGAAUACCUGCGUGCACGCAACAUGUCACCUGACCUGCGGCAAGACUUCAACAUGAUGGAGCAGAAGAAAAGGGUCACACAGAUACUACAGAGUCCAGCAUUUAGGGAUGAGCUAGAGGGACUGAUCCAGGAACAGAUGAACAAGGGGAAAAACCCCACAGAGCUGCUCGCUCUGCGACAGAUCGCAGACUUCUUUAUGGCCAGCUCCGUAGCCGGCUUCUCCACCUCCCCCUUAAGUUUGGCCAUGGUGACCCCAAUUAAUGACAUGUUCAGCAUGGAGUCCAGUACUGUGGUGAAGGGAGAGAAACAGAUCCGCUCCAAACUGGCCAGCCUCUACAGACUAGUGGACCUAUUCAGUUGGGCACACUUCACAAACUGUUACAUUACAGUUCGUGUCAGUAAGGAGCAGGAUCAUAUCCUCAUCAUCCCCAGAGGACUGUCCUUCGCUGAGGCCUCUGCUUCCAAUCUGGUGAAGGUAAAUAUUCUUGGUGACGUGAUUGAUCAGGGCUCCACCAACCUGCAGAUUGACCCGGUCGGCUUCAGCCCUCACGCUGCCAUCUACUCCGUGAGACCGGACGUGCGCUGCAUCAUUCACAUACGCACACCAGCCACUGCUGCUGUGUCGUCUAUGAAGUGUGGCCUUCUGCCCAUCUCUCAGGAGGCUCUGAUCCUGGGUGACAUUGCAUAUUACAACUACCAAGGCAGUCUGGAUGAGCAAGAGGAGCGCGUAGAGCUCCAGAAAGCCCUCGGACCAUCAACGAAGGUGUUGGUUUUAAGGAAUCAUGGGGUUGUAGCUCUCGGGGAGACCAUUGAAGAGGCCUUUCACUACAUUUACAACACUCAGCUUGCCUGUGAAAUACAAGUGAAUGCGCUGUCAUGCGCUGGCGGAGUGGAGAACCUGAUCGUGUUGGAUCUGGAGAAGUAUAAAUCUCGGACACAGGGGGUGGCAGAAGCCGGGGUCAACAUGGGCUCUCAGCACAAGUGGAGGCUGGGAGAACUGGAGUUCGAGUCGCUCAUGAGAAUGAUGGACAACCUGGGUUACAGGACAGGCUACUCGUACCGGCACCCGAUUGUGCGGGAGAAGCCGCGACACAAGAGCGAAGUGGAGAUUCCUGCAACAGUGACAGCAUUCAUGUUUGAUGACGACGAUGCUCCACGUUUCCCUCUGAAGUUACUGCAGCAGCGACAGCAGAGAGAGAAAACACGCUGGCUCAAUUCACCCAACUGCUACAUGAAGGUGAACGUGUCGGACAGGGCGAGUGAGGAGAACGGACGCACCAGGACCAUGUGGAUGAAGUCAGAUGACGGUGGAAACACCAGUGGGACUCCAAUCCGCAUUGAAGAUCCAAAUCAGUUUGUUCCUCUGAACACGAACCCCAAUGAAGUUCUGGAGAAGAGAAAUAAGAUUCGUGAGCAGAACCGGUUUGACAUGAUGACAGCAGGGCCACAGUCACAGCGGCUGGCAGGGAUUGUGGUGGAAAGACCGCCGCCGUACAUGGGCGACGACGAGGAACAGACGGGACCGCUUCCUCCAAACCCCUUUAGUGAGCUGGGUGAGAAAGAGCUGGAGAAACAAAAGGAACUUCAGCAGCUCGGAUUAGAUGAAGAAGAGCAGCUCACGCCAGACGACGCUUCCACACUCUCUCAAACCCUGUCUCCACAAAACACUCCAGCUAAAGAAGAGAACCACAGCGGCGUGAUGCUGAACGGUAAAGACGCCCACGGUGACGAGGACGAGCUCAUCAAGCGCGUGAGUCAGCUGACCACCAGCCUGGAAAGUGUAGAGAUCAGCCUGCGCUCGGGAGAGAAGAUCGAAGAGGCUCUGACGCCCGAGAGCUCGCCCUCCAAAUCACCCAACAAGAAGAAGAAGAAGUUCAGAACCCCGUCCUUCCUGAAGAAGAACAAGAAGAAAGAGAAAGUGGAAGCCUAGAGGAAGCAGUGAAUCCAUGCGCGCUUCGUCUGUCGUUUUAUGUUUUUACGUUGGUUUUUGAAAAAACACGGCACGUUAUUUUUGGAGUCGGUGAAUAGACGGAGCAUCAUCUGUUUUUAAGAGACGUGCCAGGAUUAUAAAAUGAGAUUUAUACAGGAAGAGAAGCGAGGGGAAACUCCUGGGAAACUGGCUUUUCUCUCCUGAUGGACUGAAAAUGUUCCUGUACAAUGAGUUUAUCUCAUGAGCCCAUACUGCAUUCUUUUUUCAUACUGUAUGUUUAUUAGA